GGGACGGGGAGAAUCGUUUCAGCUCCUCCGACAGCUCCCGCUAUGCAGCCUCAGCGCACCCACAACCAUGAGACACUUUGUUCCUCCGACCGCUAACAGCACAAUCUGAGCACUGGGGGACACACUACAGGACUCAUCAGGGCGGAGUGGAUGCAAACCUCUGUGAAGUUACUCGUGUUCAAAGGAAGUUCGAGAUAAAACGCCGGUGAUAACGAUAUCUUUCCCUUUGGACUUUAGAAGUUGUUGUGAGGAGUUUUUCUAUUGAAUAUGUUGUAGAUAUAUUUGUGCAUUUAUGUAGAGUAUUGGGCCAUCUAUAAGCUAUUCAUUUUGCUCUAGCAAACAGAAGCAAGGCAGCUCAUGUUCCGUUUGACAACGUUUCUAUGUGAUCUGGCCGCGGGGGUUCUCGUGAACCUCAGUCAUUUCCCUCGGCAAUGUUUUUCUCCCACGGGCAAUGGAGGCAGAGCAACUGAUGCACGCUGUUGUGGUACACACCUUUGCGUCUGUAUAUAUUUUUGUAGUCUCAAAACACUGUUUUUCUGUUAUCUUUUGAUGUGGGUUUCGUGGACAUCCACCAUUAUGCUAUUUUUCUAAGACUGCAGCGACUGGUAGGUGAAUGACUGACUUUAGAAGAAUCAUUUUGUCGUAGUUUAUGUUCCGUGUGUUUAAUUUGUCAUUUUAAACACAAAUAUACCUUGUUUUAGUACAAGUAAAAUAGCAACUUUUGGACAUUAAUCUACCGUUUCCAUCUAAAAUUCGGUGGAGUUUUUAGUCAAUCAUGACCGAAACAAUGGCAUUGAGUGGAAACUGUAGGACUAACCCUACGUCCAAAGACCAAGGAUCUGUUCAGAAUAGUUUCCCAGAUGUUGUAGAAUUAAAUGUUGGGGGACAGGUGUAUUACACACGUCAUGCAACGUUAGUAAGCACCCCGAAUUCCUUGCUGGGCAAAAUAUUCUCACCCAAGAAAGAUGCCACUAACGACUUGGCGCGGGACCCUAAGGGACGCUAUUUUAUCGACAGAGAUGGAUUUUUAUUUCGAUAUGUUCUGGACUUCCUCAGAGACAAACAAGUUGUACUGCCCGACCAUUUUCCAGAGAAGGGGAGGCUUAGGAAAGAGGCGGAGUACUUUCAGUUGUCAGACAUGGUCAAACUAUUGAGCCCCGAAGAUUUAAAACACAGUCCAGACGAAUACUUCCACAGUGAUUUUGAAGAUGGUUCUCAUGGCAGCGACCACAAGAUGUGUCCGCCGUCAUCACUGGUCCCGGCGGACAGAAAAAGUGGGUUCAUUACAGUUGGUUACAGGGGCUCUUGCACAGUGGGCAGAGAGAGUCAAUCUGACGCCAAAUUCAGAAGGGUCCCGCGGAUUUUGAUUUGUGGGAGGGUCGCGUUAGCCAAGGAAGUUUUUGGCGAGACCUUGAAUGAGAGUCGAGACCCAGACAGGACACCGGAUCGAUAUACUUCCAGGUUUUACCUGAAGUUCAAACACCUUGAGAGAUCAUUUGACAUCCUGUCAGAGUGUGGUUUCCAGAUGGUUGCUUGUAACUCUUCAGUCACAGCGUCCUCCGUGAAUCGACACACAGAGGACAAGAUCUGGUCAAGUUACACUGAAUACAUCUUCUAUCGUGGCACCUCUCGGUGGUCUUCCCCGCCCUGCGACUGCUGCUGCAAGAACCACAAGGGAGAGGGCGAGAGCGGCACCUCCUUCAACGAGCUCUCCACCUCAAGCUCCGAGAGCCAGUCAGAGGCCAGCUCACCCCACGGCACCGUUAUCUGUGGGCCGGUGAGCCAGCAGUCCCAUGUCCAUGUCCAGACCCUGGACCGGCCGCUGAAGAAGGGCCCGGUGCAGAUGCUGCAGCAGUCAGAGCAGCGCAGGAAGAGUGAUCUCCUCCGAACACUCACUGCCAGCUCCCGAGAUACCAGCACCUGCAAGAAGAGGCCGGCCAAGGAGAAGAUGACCAUUGAGGAGGAGCUGGAGAAGUGCAUCCAGGACUUCCGCAAGAUCAAGAUCCCUGAGCGCUUCCCGGAGAGGAAGUACAUGUGGCAGGCAGAUCUACUGAGGAAGUACCGUCUCUGAGAGGGAUCCAGUUAAAACACUUAGGCAUCACAGAGACAGCAAAAAAACACAAGCAUAAAACCAUGACUGUUUAGCUAACUGUAUGUAUAACUAUAUGUAUUGGCACCCUUCCAAUUUACUUGAAUAAUUCCAUAUUUCUCCACACCUUGUUAUUGGGUUUUCAACAUUGCAGAGCUUAAGUUAAUUAACUUACAAUUUAAAUGUACAUUUAUUGGCACCUUUGAGCUACUAUUUCAUUGCACACCCUUUGGCCAAGAUAGCUGCCAACAAAUGCUUCUUGUAGCCAUCAAUGGGCUUGCUGCACCUUUCUACUUCAACAUUUUUGGACACUGGGUUGAACUUUGUACUCCAUCUGCUGAUUUCACAAUGUCUUGCACACAUUCAAGGUCCCCAGAGGCAGCAAAGUAACCCACAGCAUUAUCGAACCUGCCCCAUGGUUGAUCGUAAGGAGGGUGUUCUUUUCUUUAAAUGCUUCAUUUAGUCAUAGGUAAACAUAGGAAGACCCCACUGCUGAAGGAGACACAAAAAAGCCUGUUGAACUUCUCAAAAUAACUACCGAAACAAGCCUAAAUCCUGGGGCAAAUGUUCUGUGGACCAACGAAACAACAUUUGAGCUUUAGCAAAACAGAUGAGCACUGUGUUUACUGAUGACAAAAUGAAAAAUUCAAUGAAAGACCCUCCCCUACAAUCAAAUAUGGGGGAAGUUUGAUAAUGCUGUGGGGUUCCUUUCCUGCCUCUAAUACUGGAGUCCUUGUUUUGCACAAGGCAUCAAUAAAUCUUCAGAUGAUCAGGGGAUUUGGAGUCCAAUGUUCAACCCAGUGUCCAAACUGGGUCCCCAUUGAAGGUUGUGGAUCUUCCUGCAGGACAAUGACCCCAAACACACAUCAAAAAUCACCCAGGAAUGGCUCAAGAAGAGAUUCUGGACAGUUCUGGAGUAGCCAGCGAAGAGUCCAAAUCUAAGUCACAUUGAAAACCUAUGGUGAGAUCUGAAAACAGCAAUUGGUGGAGGCCACCCCUCAAAAAUGUAAGAACUACAGCAGUUUGCUUCUGAAAAGUGGGCCAAAUUGCCAGGAGAAAUUUGCAGCAAGCUCAAUGACGGUACAGGAAGUGUUUGUCUGCAGCUUUCUUGAUCAAAGGCUUUGCAACCAAGUACUAGCUCCAGGGUGCCAAUCAUUUUGUCCAUGCCAUUUGUCUUUAUUUUCUCAAUUAAAAUUGUAAACAUAAGUUUACAAAAAAAAAAUUGGUUCUGUUUGUGUUGAAAAUUCAACAACUUAUUUUAGAAUUAUUUAAGAAA